AUGUCGUCCCUCUCAGACGAGGAAUUCUUCGCAUCCAGCACGCCUCGCCCCCCUUCUGCCCCACGCUCCUCUAAACGAGCCCGAGACCAACGCCGCUCCCCCGAAAAGCCGGGCACCACCGCUUCCCCAUCGGCCACCCCGAAGGGCCCCCAAAAGAAGUCCAGGUCUCAGAGUUACGGGCCCGAGUCCCAACCGGCGUCCGAGACGGAGGACACCCCCACCCCCGCAGCGCGCAGCCCCGCCCUGCCUGACCCCGCGACAUCAACCGUCCCACAAGCAACCCCUCUUGCAACACCCCGAGCUGUGCCCGCCUUGCCCCUGUCCGCGAGCCUGCCGACCCCACCUACGACGUACUCUCUCUCUGCUCCGCCGCUACCCCCCGGUUCCCCCCCUGCACCACCUGGCAGCCCAUCCCCCCUACCCGUCAUGUCCCACCAGCCCACCCAGGCUGCCUCCACUGCCAUGCCCCCGCAGACCACCGGGCCGCCUCUCCAACCCCCCUCUGCCCCUGUAGCUCCCGCGACCGUAACAUCUCCUGGAGGACUCAUUCACCUGGCUCCCCCUGCCGGAGGGUGGCCCCGCGUCGAGCUUGCCUACCCACCUAGGUUCGGGGUCAAGGCUGACCUCUUCGAGCUGUGGGCUCAGAAGACGUGGUUCAAACUCUUUGUCCGCGUGUUCCUCGCCGCCCAUGCGGUAAACGCGCAACACACCGUCGCCCGCAUCAAGGACACCCUCAUGCGGUUCCUGGAUGCCCAAGCCUCCGAGAUCACGGUUAGCCAGCCGAUCCCUGAUCCUGACCGACCCCCGAUGGGCAACUACCCCCACCCGUGGCAUUUCCUUGUCACGACGGCCUCCCCCCAGCACGGCCAGGCCCUAGUGCAGCAGGAGUGUAUCAACACUCACGACAUCACCCUCCUCCUCGUCCCGUGGACCCCCGAGCCCAUGAAGUACGUCGGCACCGUUGGCGACUUCUCACUCACGAGCGGACGGGCCGAUUGCGACCUCGCCUGUGAAAUCAUCAAACACGCGCUCGACCUCAACCACGCGCUCGCGUCCUUCGUCACGCAGCAUAGCCUUAGCGGGAGCCCCUUCGCGUACAGCCAGGCCAUACACUCCAUUCGCGUCGAAGGAUGUGACCUCCUCGUAUCCGGUGGACGCUCCGAGGCAGUCUGGCACGUAUACUGUGAAGACCCCCCCUCCCUGACCCCAGCCCACUACAACCAGUGGGUGUGCAUGAUCCGCGGGCUCUCCUUCUCGCACGUCGACCACGGAGUUGCGACCUUCAGGAACGGCAGCCGACAACUCAGCUGUGUUGGCUGCAAGGGGUCCAACCAUCCCUACGCCCUCUGCCGCUUCCCGCAGAUCCCGGGAUGGCAGGGCCCUGUCCCCAACAACCAGAACAACACCAUCUUCGCAGCAACUGGCAUCAACAACGGUAGGGGCCGCGGCGCGAGCCGCGGUCGCGGGGCUGGGCGUGGGCGCGGCAGGGGCCGCGGCAACUAG